UCUCGUUCUUUUUCUGAGGGAUCUUGUGAGGUGCGGUACGCGGGUGGUUUUAAACUGCCGUUAGUUCUCGUUGGUACCCAGCUGGGAAGCUGUUCGCGCGUCUGAGCCACUCUGAAUUAGGAACGGGCUAGUUCGGAAACUCAGGAGGGACCCAGCGGGAAGGCAGCUGGUGAAUUUUAAGAAGAAAAUCCGUUUCAGAGUCAAGAUGAUAGAUUUGCAUUUACUGCUGAAUGGUAUGACCCAAAUGCCUCACUCUUCCGGCGUUAUGAACUUCUGUAUUAUCCAAAAGAUGGAUCAGUUGAAAUGUAUGAUGUGAAGAACCAUCGCACCUUUCUGAAGCGCACCAAGUAUGAGAGCUUACACCUUGAGGAUUUAUUUGUGGGCAACAAAAUUACUGUGUUUUCCCGUCAUCUAUCCUUAGUGGACUAUGCGGAUCAAUAUACAGCCCGCAAGCUGGGGAGCCGCAGAGAGAGAACACUGGCUUUGAUUAAACCUGAUGGAAUGCCCAAGAUUGGAGAAUUAAUUGAUAUCAUUAUUAAUGCAGGAUUUACAAUAACUAAGGCCAAAAUGAUGGUACUUUCAAGAAAAGAGGCAGCUGAUUUCUACGUAGACCAUCAAUCAAAACCUUUUUAUAAUGAGCUUCUCCAGUUUAUAACGAGUGGUCCCAUUGUUGCUAUGGAAAUCUUAGGAGAUGAUGCAGUUUGUAAAUGGAAAACAUUACUGGGGCCAGCAAACUCUGCAGUGGCUCAGACUGAUGCACCAGACAGCAUUAGAGCGAACUUUGGACAUGAUGGCCUAAGAAAUGCAGCUCAUGGCCCAGAUUCAGUUGCUUCAGCUGCUCAAGAGCUGGAGUUGUUCUUCCCCUCCAGUGGAGGUCGCGGACCAGUCAACAGUGCAACAUUCACAAACUGUACUUGUUGCAUUAUUAAGCCUCAUGCAGUUAAUGAAGGGCUAGCUGGAAAGAUUAUAAAAGCCAUCACCAAUGAAGGAUUUCAGAUCUCAGCUUUGCAGAUGUUCAACAUGGAGCGUGCAAAUGUGGAAGAAUUUUAUGAGAUUUACAAAGGUGUUGUGGCUGAAUACAUGGAGAUGGUUACAGAGUUGUGUUCAGGCCCUUGCAUAGCGAUGGAGAUUGUACAGUCUGAGUCUCCAAGAGUGUUCAGAGAUUUCUGUGGUCCUUCUGACCCUGAAAUAGCCCGUUAUCUCCGACCUGGAACUCUGCGUGCUGUCUUUGGGAAGAACAAGAUUCAGAAUGCUGUCCACUGCACAGACCUACCUGAAGAUGGACUUUUGGAGGUGCAGUACUUCUUCAAGAUUCUGGACAACUAACUGCCUCCAUCCUCGACCCAGGCAAGAGACACGCACACAGACCGGUGUGUUCGUUCAUUUAUUUGUCCAAUGUUUCAACCUGACUGAAAUACAAGAUCAACAAGAGCACUGUACUCCUGGCUAUUAUAACAUGUUAGAACAUAGAGUUUUGCACUUUAGACAACAUUUAACACCAUUCUAUGGGGUACUGCAUUGCUUUUAUAAAGUUUAAAAUAAAGAUUUAUUUUCAAACAUG